CCCUCAACUCUAAACCCACUCCAAUCUAAGCUUUCGCAAGGAAUUAAGAAAGAUAACAAUCAUGAGUUCAUCCACCCUUCUCCAUCUCCUCCUCCUCUCCUCCCUCCUCUUAUCUUGCCUUCCAAAUGCAAAACCUCAGCAAGCUGAGGAUGAGUUUAGCUACAUUGAAGGAAGUCCUAAUGGUCCUGAAAACUGGGGAAAUCUUAAAAAGGAGUGGGAGACUUGUGGCAAAGGCAUGGAGCAGUCACCCAUUCAAUUGCGUGAUAACAGAGUGAUAUUCGAUCAAACUUUGGGGAAGCUGAGAAGAAAUUAUAGAGCCGUUGAAGCAACAUUAAGGAACAGUGGACAUGAUGUAUUGGUGGAAUUCAAGGGUUAUGCUGGUUCACUAUCAAUCAAUCGAGUUACAUACCAACUCAAGCGAAUUCAUUUUCACUCCCCUUCAGAGCAUGAAAUGAAUGGCGAAAGGUUUGACCUUGAGGCACAGCUGGUCCAUGAGAGCCAAGAUCAAAAGAGAGCAGUGGUUUCUAUUCUUUUCAGAUUUGGACGUGCUGACCCAUUCCUCUCAGAUCUUGAAGACUUUAUCAAGCAGUUAAGCAGUAGCCAGAAGAAUGAAAUAAAUGCAGGAGUUGUGGAUCCAAAUCAAUUACAGUUUGAUGACUGUGCAUAUUUUAGAUACAUGGGCUCAUUCACAGCUCCACCUUGCACUGAAGGUAUUUCAUGGACCGUCAUGAGGAAGGUUGCAACUGUUUCACCAAGGCAAGUACUUCUGUUGAAGCAGGCAGUGAAUGAAAAUGCUAUAAACAAUGCAAGACCACUUCAACCAACCAAUUACCGCUCCGUUUUUUACUUUGAACAGCUGAAAUCGAAGCUUGGUGUCAUAUAAUAAUAUAAGUAAGCUCGUAUGAGUGUAAUAUGGUGAUGGUUAAAUAAAAAGGGUGGAGUGCUCCACUCUGCAUGUACUAUCAUGCCACGUAUAAUAAAUAAUGUGUCUUUUGGGUAUUAUGAUCUUCA